GGGGCGUUUCCCUAUGCAUACCAGCCUAGCUAUAUUGUUGUCGACUUUGGUAGAGAAUGGAGCUGACUAUCCACCAAACCUCCAUCCCAGUGGACUCCCUCUCUCAGCAGGAAUCACUUAGAGAGCACAUCACCAAGAGGACUGCAUCAGCUGGCAGGGAGGAUGUUGAAGAUCCCUUCUAUGUGGUUGACCUUGGUCGUCUUAUCGAGCUCUACCAGGACUGGGUAACUGCUAUGCCAAGUGUUACUCCAUUCUAUGCUGUCAAAUGUAACGAGGAUCCAGCCCUCUUGAAGACACUGGCUGCCCUGGGAACAGGCUUUGACUGUGCAAGCAAGCACGAGAUGUCGGUGGUGUUGGAUCUUGGAGUACCUCCAGAGAGAGUGGUGUAUGCCAACCCUUGCAAGCAAACCUCUCACAUCCAGUACGCUGCUCAGAGAGGAGUGAAAAUGAUGAGCUUUGAUAAUACUGCAGAGCUACACAAGACACACAAGCACUUCCCUACAGCAGAGUUAAUGUUACGCAUCAAAGCAGAUGCUCCUGACUGUGUGGGGAAGCCUGGCUUCAAGUUUGGUUGCACCACAGCUGAAGGCAAGCAACUACUGGACACUGCAAAGGCACUUGGCCUGAAUGUCAUUGGAGUAAGUUUUCAUGUUGGGAGUCGAUGUCAGACCCCCUCUGCCUACGAGGUGGCUCUCAAGGUGGCAGCUGAACUGUUUGAUUAUGGCGCGAAAAUUGGCUAUCAAUUCAGCCUACUGGAUAUUGGAGGAGGCUUUCCCGGUCAAGCAGGGUCUAGAGAUAUGUUCCACAGUGUGGCCUCAGCUAUCAACCAAACCCUGGCCUCUCUCUUCAGCCCUGAGGCUCACCCUGGAGUGAGGUUCAUUGCAGAGCCUGGUCGGUACUUCGCGUGUUCCACCCACACCAUAGUGGUGAACAUCAUCAGCAAGAGGUCAUGUGAUAUUGUAGAAGGUGGUGAAGGCCCUAAGUUCAUGUACUACAUAAACGGUGGGAUUUACGGAUCAUUCAACUGUGUACUGAAUGAUCGUGCUGCCCCAGUGCCCAUACCAGUGAAGGAGGUCGAUGCUAUUGUACACCAGAGUCGGUUGUGGGGAGUGACGUGCGCUGGUAGGGACAAGAUCUGUGAUGCUCUUCUGCCCGAGUUUGAAGUCGGUGACUGGCUUUGUUUCGAGGACAUGGGAGCCUACACUAUAUCAUCUGCCACUUGUUUCAAUGGGUUCCCUAAAGCUGCUCCCUACUAUUAUGUCAGGGAGAAUACGAUAGAUCAGUUCAAGCAAGUUCAUGAACAAUAAACUCUUUUAACAGAGCAAUUAUAAUAUUUGUGCACGUGAUGUUGAAUGUCAACAGAAUGAGUUAUAUAUAAUUAUAUAUCAGUUGUAA